UUAUUCUCUAAUCACAUGCCGUGUUGUACCUUAAUUCCAACUUCUCUUUCAACUUCUUCUUACACUACAAAGACACUGUGCAAAGUGGAAACUCCCCGAACCAAUCAGACCUCCAUCGUCUCUCUCUCUCAGCGUAUUCCACACACUUUUCUUCCUCCAGAUGCUCCAAUCAUCUGCAGUCGUCACCUAGUGUGAAAUUCCCUUUUUACCACUCCAUUUGAGACCCACGCGCGCCACUGCCUCGCCACUGCUGCUGCCAUUUGAAUUCAUGUAUAACAAAUUCACAAUUCUAGGGUUUCUAUGCUCUGGGCUCAUUCUUGGUACUGGAUAGUGGGUAAUGCUAAUCCUUGGAAUCAUAGGGUUUCAAACCCUUUUCGUUGUCUUUCUGUCGGUUCUUUGCCUUUGGAUACACCAUAAGUUGCGCAAUGCGGUGGCCAGGAAGGAGGAGAUCAAUCGGCUUGUUGAUAUGGUAUCCAGGGAGUCUGCCAUGGCUGAGUUCGAUGCUGUUUAUGAAUACAAGUCGUUGCCCAGGUCGCAUCAAUGCGCUGUGUGCUUCUGCCCCACCACUACGCGCUGCUCCCAAUGUAAAUCUGUCCAUUACUGUUCUGGUAAGUGUCAAAUAAUUCACUGGAGACGAGGUCACAAGGACGAAUGUCGACCCCUAGCUACUGCAUUGCAUUUGAAACAGGAAAGUGAGUUUUGUGAGAGAGCUUCUUCAGAAAAGCAAUCUGAAAUGCAUGCUGCGGAAAGGGAAUUAUUAGCUAAUAUUUCUGCUAGUAAAGAACUUGGUUGUAGUGGCACUGGAAAAUCAGAGAUACCUUCUGCAGAUAUUGGCCCUGAUAUGCCUGACACUAGGGUUAGUUCUAAGGAAAUUCAAGAAACUAUAUUGCCCCCUCCAAAGUCUACUAAGUCGGUCACUUGUGUAAAUGGUGUUUCUCACCCAAGUAAAUUACAUAAGAUAAAAUCCAGCUAUACUGAUGAAGUAGCUGAGUGUGAAUCUCAGCUUCCAAAUGGUAAUGCCAUGAUUGAUGAUGUCUGGCCAGAAAAAUUGAGCCACAAGAAGUCCAUCAGAAGAGCUGCUUCGUCAGAAAUGUUAGUUGCUGAUUCCUAUGACUGUAAGAACUCAACAUCUUUAAGCAGUUCAAAAUUGGAUUAUGUAACUGAUGAUGGGGAAGAAGUUUCGCGAGUACUCAAGGGUAAAGAUGCCAGAUCUUUGUCGUUUAAUGCUUCUGGUGAUCAUUCACAAGGUGCUUCUAAUGGCUUGAGAAAUUCAGUAUGGAAAAAAGUUCAGCAGUUGAGAGCGAAGCAAUCCCACAAUUAUGAGAUAAUCUUUCCAUAUGAACUGUUUGUGAAACUUUACUCUUGUGAUGAAGAACUAAGCCCAUUUGGGCUCAGGAAUUGUGGGAAUAGUUGUUAUGCUAACACAGUGCUCCAAUGCUUGGCAUUUACUCGACCUCUCACUUCCUACUUUGUUCGCCGGCUCCACUCCAAUGCAUGUCGAAAGAAGGAGUGGUGUUUCAUUUGUGAAUUUGAAUUUUUAAUACUGAAGGCAAGGGAAGGGGAUUCCUCCUUGUCGCCAAUUAGGAUUUUAUCCAAAAUACAAAAAAUUGGAAGUCAUCUUGGUCAUGGGAGAGAAGAAGAUGCCCAUGAAUUCUUAAGGUAUGCUGUUGAUACAAUGCAGUCUAUAUGCCUCAAGGAUGCUGGAGCUCUGGGCAGAUUGGCAGAAGAAACAACUCUAGUGGGACUGACUUUUGGGGGUUAUCUUCGAUCUAAGAUAACUUGCAUGAGGUGCCUUGGGAAAUCUGAGAGAUAUGAACGGAUAAUGGAUUUAACUGUUGAGAUAGAUGGGGACAUUGAGACUCUUGAAGAAGCUCUUACACAAUUUACAGCUGAUGAAUUGUUGGAUGGAGAGAACAAGUACAAUUGCAGCAGGUGUAAAUCUUAUGUGAAAGCGAAAAAGAAGUUAACAGUAUUAGAGGCACCCAAUAUCCUUACAAUUGUGUUAAAGCGAUUCCAGUCUGGUAAUUUUGGGAAGCUGAGCAAGUCAGUUCGUUUUCCUGAGGUCCUCAGCCUGGCUCCAUACAUGCAUGGAAAAAGCGAUAAAUCUCCUCAGUACAGUCUUUAUGCAGUGGUUGUUCACAGGGAUAGGAUGAAUGAUACAUCUACUGGUCAUUAUGUCUGUUACAUAAAGACUGCCUGUGGUGAAUGGUUUGGGGUUAAUGACAGCUUAGUAAUGCCUGUGGAAUUGGAGAGGGUCUUAUUAGAAGAGGCAUAUAUGCUCCUCUAUGCGAGGCACUUUCCUCGAGGCCCGGCUGUAUUGAAGGGCGACAUAGAGACUCAUGGUGUGAAGUCUAAGAAAAGGAACUUGGAAGCUGUUCCUUCCCGCCUCAGUACUUCAAAGGUGAGGUCUAACUCCCACUGUUCAAGCACUGAUCCAUCAAAGGCACAACAGAAGCAUGGCAAAUACCCAUACUGGGCAGCUUCAGAUGAUUUUACCGGCAAUAGGUUGCAUGAUCCAGAUGAUAGGAGAUUCCAUCCUGUGGAUUCUUCUAGCGAGAGUUCUUCCCUUUUCAGCUGGUCUGAUGCGAGUUCUUGCAGCACUGCAAGUACCAAGGACUCUGUGAAGAGUGAAGACUUUUCCGAUUUCCUAUUUGGGGAAGUGGGACCUGGUUGGUACGGCCACCCUGGGAUUUCGGCAGACACAGUUGCUCCUUCCUCGUAUAGGAAUGUUGAUGCAGACUCGCAUAGGAGAUGGGAUAGUUGAGACAAGCACACCCAGGGAAUGACCGGAAAUAGUAUAUAAGAAUGCGUUUAAACCCUGCAUUCUUUGUACACCGAUACAAGUUAGCAAGUAAGAAAAAGACUGGAAAGUUGACAGUUGACAGUUGACAGUUAGCAUCCCCCAGUUUUGGUAGUGAUAAAAGUAGGUAAGCUGAGUUUAAACAAUUAGUGUAGACCCCUAACCCCUUCCCUUGUGAGAUAUGGUGGUGUAGUAAUAGGAGCAAUGGGGGACUGGGAACAUGUCAACUCAAACAUUUUGUUGAGGUUUGGGUUGAGAUGCUUCUAGAUAUUAUUGAUGUUAUAAGUGGAAUAUAUAAAUUAAUCAUCAAUUCUUUUUUAA